CUGCUGUAGCGUAAUUCCACAUUUCUUUCCUCUGCUCACUCCAAAACCCUAAGCAAUUCUCUCCGGCGGCGUUGCGGCGGCGGUCGUCAUCGUAAUGGAGGACGUUUGCGAGGGCAAGGAUUUCUCAUUUCCGGAUCAGGAAGAAAAGAUCUUGUCGUGGUGGGACAAAGUCGACGCCUUCAAAACUCAGCUAGAACGCACCAAAGAUUUACCGGAGUACAUCUUCUACGAUGGUCCGCCCUUCGCCACUGGCCUGCCUCACUACGGCCAUAUUUUGGCCGGAACUAUCAAAGACAUCGUGACACGGUAUCAGUCCAUGACUGGGCAUCACGUGACCCGUAGGUUCGGAUGGGAUUGCCACGGUUUGCCUGUGGAGCAUGAAAUUGAUCAGAAAUUGGGGAUUAAGAGCAGAGAGGAUGUUCUUAAGAUGGGAAUUGGGAACUAUAACGAAGAGUGUAGGGGAAUUGUGCAGAGGUAUGUUGGUGAGUGGGAGAAAACUGUGGUAAGAGUGGGAAGGUGGAUCGAUUUCAAAAACGAUUAUAAGACCAUGGAUUUGAAUUUCAUGGAGAGUGUGUGGUGGGGGUUUGCUCAAUUGUAUCAAAAGGGUCUUGUUUACAGAGGUUUCAAGGUUAUGCCGUACAGUACAGGUUGCAAAACGCCACUAUCGAAUUUCGAAGCCAAUUCAAACUAUAAAGAAGUUCCUGACCCGGAAAUAAUGGUAUCUUUUCCUGUAAUUGACGAUCCAGACGGUGCAAGUUUUGUUGCGUGGACCACAACCCCCUGGACACUGCCUUCCAAUCUUGCACUCUGUGUCAAUGCCAAUUUUGUGUAUGUUAAGGUCCGAAACAAGUUCAAUGGGAAAGUUUAUGUGGUUGCAGAAUCACGUUUGGGGGAGCUUCCUGUUGAAAAAGCCAAAAAAAGCUUGCCGGAUGGAACUGCUAAUGCUUCUGAAAAUGCAAAAGCCAAACCCAAGUCCUCUGGCGGAAAAUCUAAGAAUGUUGAGACAUAUGAAAUACUGGAUAAGUUUUCCGGAGCUUCGCUUGUAGGAAAGAAAUAUGUCCCUUUAUUUGAUUACUUCAAGGAUUUCUCUGAAGUUGCAUUUAAAGUUGUUUCAGAUAACUACGUCACUGAUGACAGUGGUACUGGGAUUGUACACUGUGCUCCUGCAUUUGGAGAAGACGAUUACCGAGUCUGUUUGGAGAAUGGGAUAAUUAAUAAGGGGGAAAACCUGGUUGUAGCUGUGGACGACGAUGGCUGUUUUACUGAGAGAAUUGUCGACUUUAGCAAGCGCUAUGUGAAGGAUGCAGAUAAAGAUAUAAUUCAAGCUGUGAAAGAGAAAGACAGGCUAGUGAAAUCUGGAAGCUUUACUCACAGCUACCCCUUUUGCUGGAGAUCUGACACGCCACUUAUAUACCGAGCAGUGCCGAGUUGGUUUGUAGCUGUAGAAAAGAUUAAAGAUCAGCUGCUAGAAAACAACAAACAGACGUACUGGGUACCCGAUUUUGUGAAGGAAAAGCGCUUCCACAAUUGGCUUGAGAAUGCUCGAGACUGGGCUGUCAGUCGAAGUAGGUUUUGGGGUACUCCGCUUCCUUUAUGGAUCAGUGAGGACGGUGAGGAGAUUGUUGUCAUGGAUUCUGUUGAGAAACUGGAAAAGCUUUCAGGUGCCAAGGUGACUGACUUACAUCGUCAUAAAAUCGAUCAUAUCACAAUCCCCUCAAGUCGAGGUCCAGAAUUUGGUGUCCUUCGGCGUGUAGAGGAUGUGUUCGAUUGCUGGUUUGAGAGUGGAUCAAUGCCUCAUGCUUACAUCCAUUAUCCAUUCGAAAAUGUUGAACUGUUUGAGAAAAACUUCCCGGGACAUUUUGUGGCUGAAGGACUAGAUCAAACACGAGGAUGGUUCUAUACGCUCAUGGUUCUCUCGACUGCGCUCUUCGGUAAACCAGCUUUCAGAAAUCUCAUUUGCAAUGGACUCGUAUUGGCGGAAGAUGGGAAGAAGAUGAGCAAGAGAUUGAGGAAUUAUCCACCGCCUUCCGAAGUUAUAAACGAGUACGGAGCUGAUGCAUUGCGGUUGUACAUUAUCAACUCACCAGUUGUUCGUGCGGAGCCUUUGCGGUUUAAGAAAGAUGGAGUUUAUGGUGUAGUGAAGGAUGUCUUCUUGCCAUGGUAUAAUGCUUACAGAUUCCUCGUGCAAAAUGCCAAAAGGCUUGAAAUCGAAGGUCUUGCGGUGUUUACCCCAAUCGAUCAGAACAGACUCCAGAAGUCUUCGAAUGUUUUAGACCAAUGGAUCAACUCGGCAACUCAGAGUUUAGUCCAUUUCGUGCGGCAAGAAAUGGAUGCUUAUCGACUCUACACGGUGGUUCCGUAUCUCUUGAAGUUCUUGGACAACUUGACGAAUAUAUACGUGAGAUUCAAUCGCAAGAGGCUGAAAGGCCGUACCGGAGAGGAUGAUUGCAGGACUGCUCUUUCGACGCUGUAUUAUGUGCUUCUAACAGCUUGCAAAGCUAUGGCGUCUUUCACCCCAUUCUUCACGGAAGUUCUUUAUCAGAAUCUGAGGAAAGUUAGCGCCGGAUCGGAAGAAAGCAUUCACUACUGCAGAUUCCCCGAAGUGGAAGGCAAGAGGGGAGAUCGUAUCGAAGAAAGCGUCAACCGAAUGAUGACGAUCAUAGAUCUCGCAAGGAACAUCCGCGAACGUCACAACAAACCGCUUAAAACACCCCUCAAGGAGAUGGUGAUUGUUCAUCCAGACGAGGACUUCCUGAGCGACAUUGCCGGAAAACUUAAGGAAUAUGUGCUGGAGGAGCUCAACGUUAAAUCUCUUGUUCCCUGCAGCGAUACGUUGAAGUACGCUUCGUUGCGCGCCGAGCCUGAUUUCAGCGUGCUGGGGCGAAAACUCGGGAAAUCCAUGGGAAUUGUUGCGAAGGAAGUUAAAUCCAUGUCGACGGACGACAUAUUAGCUUUCGAAAAAGCCGGGGAGAUUACCAUCGCCUCUCACGUCCUGAAGCUAAGCGAUAUCAAGAUAACUCGGGAGUUCCGGCCUCCCAACAACGUGAGCCUCGAAGACAUCGACGCGAAAGGAGACGGCGACGUCUUGGUGAUAUUAGACCUGCGGAGGGACGACUCGUUGCUCGAGGCGGGAAUCGCUCGAGAGAUCGUAAACCGAAUUCAGAAGCUGCGGAAGAAGGCUGCGCUCGAGCCCACCGACGCAGUCGAAGUCUUCUUCAAAUCACUGGACAAAGGCGAAACCUUUUCAAAAGAAAUUCUCGAAUCGCAGGAACAGUACAUCAGAGAAGCUCUCGGAUCUCCUCUGCUACCGGCGACUUCGCUUCCGCGCCACGCCAUCGUCCUCGCCGAAGAGAGCUUCCACGGGAUAUCGAACAUCUCUUUCGCCAUUACUCUCACCAGGCCAGCCCUUGUGUUCGACACCGAUGCGCUUCUGACACUGAACGGCGGGAACGACAAGUUUGCGAAAGGAUUACAGACGUAUUUGUUGUCGAGAGAUUACCAGAAUUUGAAGACAGAAUUUCAGCAGGGACAAGGUAAGAUGAAGGUGAGCUCCAUUGAAGGUCAGCCUGAAGUGAAUUUAGUUUUGGGGAAACAUGUGUUUCUUACUGCUGCUGAUUAUUUCACUGCUACCAAAAGGUGUGCUUGAUUUUGUUUCUUACAAUUUUUUUUUAUUUUUUUUUUGUGUGUGUGUCAUAUUUAUAUUCCUCUACAGAUCUGCAUUUUGUAUUUUUGCCAUUAUGUGUGCUUUUCUGCAAAGAUGAGCAUUGUGUAUUGGGACUAUAAUUGUCUUUUUU